UGUAAAACUGAGAAAUAUUUAACUGAAAUUAUAUUUCGUAUGAUCUAUGUUUGAAUAAUUAUGUCUUGUAAUUAUGCAGAGGGCCUUUCGCCCUAUGAAAACAAAGGAGUUCUGGGUUUACCAGAGAAAUUUGAUUCGCCUGAGAAGUUCAGCAAAAAAUGUGAGCUACUUGCCCAACUCUUGACCCAAAGCAAGCACGUAGUGGUGCAUACAGGUGCUGGCAUAAGUACGUCGGCAGGCAUUCCAGAUUUUCGAGGCCCCAAUGGUGUUUGGACAUUAGAAAGAGAUGGGAAAAGACCUAAUAUAAAUGUCUCUUUCACUGAUGCUAAGCCAACAAAGACUCAUAUGAUUCUGAAGAAAUUAGUGGAAUGUAAGAAGGUGCACUAUAUUGUUAGCCAGAAUAUAGAUGGAUUGCAUUUGAAGUCUGGUCUUCCAAGAAAAUACUUGGCUGAGUUGCAUGGCAACAUGUUCAUUGAUGAAUGCAAUGUUUGUAAAAGGCAGUACAUCCGAAGUGCACCAGUGGAGACAGUAGGAAAGAAGUGCAGUGGAGUGCCUUGUGCAGCAGAACUGGUGGGGGGACGCCCGUGUCGGGGACGGCUUUACGAUGGGGUACUAGACUGGGAGCACAGUCUGCCUGAAAAUGAUCUGUUGAUGGCUGAGUGGCAUUCUAGUAUAGCGGACUUGAGCCUAUGCCUGGGGACAACACUGCAGAUAGUUCCAAGUGGAAACUUGCCUCUAAAAACGGUCAAAUAUGGGGGGAAAUUAGUUAUUUGCAACUUACAACCAACAAAACAGGACAACAAAGCAGAUCUGAUUAUAAACUAUUAUGUGGAUGAUAUACUUGAGAAAGUUAUGAAUAUACUUGGACUAGAAAUACCUGAAUAUUCAGAGGCAGAAAACCCAAUGCAUAUUGCUGAGAAUACAGUAGUGAACUGGACUAUAGAGAGAAAAGAUGUUCUAGCUUUAGAAAAACAAUUCAAAGCCAAAUGUAAAGGAGUAAAGAAGAAACGAAUAUUGAUAAAAUCUAAAAGAAAUAGUAUUGAUUUACAAAAUGAAAUAAACACUGAUGAUGAUAAAUCUAAAGUAAUCAAACUAGAUAUUAAGGAAGAAAAUGUUGUUGAUGAGAAUGCUGAAAUUAAGACUGAAACCAAUGAAGAACAAAAUGGUGUAAUAAAAGGGGAAAUCAUUUAAUUUCACUAAAAUCUCAUUACCUAUGUUCAAAAUAAUGAUCUCUUUUUAUACUUGUACAAAGUUUAAUACAAUAACCACCGUUAAUUUAUACAUUUACUUAAUUAUACAGAUUUCAACUCUCA